AUGGGUGGUAGAAUACAUGGUUUUCUCGGUGGCGUAUUAUUAACUUCAACAAUAACGUAUCUCACAAAACAAUAUAUCGUUAAAAAUUCAUUAUUUAUUUCCGAUUCAUUAAGAUCAUCAAAUUAUACAAUACAAAAUAAAAUAUUAUCAAAUAAACAUUAUGAGAAUUUAAGUAUACCUAAUAAGCAUACAACUGAUGAAAUACGCUCAUUUAACGAAACUUGUAAAGAUCUAUGGAAUGAAGAAAUUAUUAAAAUGGUAAAUUGGGUAUAUGGAAUUAAUUGGUAUAAAAUUGGAAUGAAGAUUGAUGAAAAGACUGGUGAGAUUUCGAGUAGAUUGGUUGAGCUGUUGAAAAAAGAGUAA